AACGCACACGAAACGUUCCAUAAAUCCACUGAGAGCUGGCUCCCCGUACCUUCUCCCCUGCCCCAGCUCCCCAGGCCCCACCUCCCCGGCAGCCGAGCCCAGGCUGGGCUCCACGUACUUUCGCCGAGAUGAAGUUUGGGCUCCCCGGGCGGCCACGAGCCGCCCGCCGGCGUGAGGGCUCUGUUGUUGUUUUCCUCGGGCUGCUCAGCCCGCGCCCCGGCUCCCGUGCCCCCCUCGGGCGACGCUGCCUGUGUGCCGAGAGGUGCUGGUUGCAAACGCAGCCUGGCACCGGCUGGCCUACUACUCCCCAGCCCGGCCCCCAGCCUCCCGCUCGCAGGGCACUGCCUCCGCGCCCCCCGCCCCCGGGCCCGCCGGCGCGGCCACCGCGACCCUCGCCCCCGACCUCUCGCGACCCAAAGUUUUGGCGGAGGGGGAAAGUGCCCUGGGAACUGGCCGGCCGGCGGCGGCUCCGGACGCGCGGGGCUCCCUCCGUCUUCCUCAAGUCCACCCUACCGGCUGCCGCCGCCGCCGCCGCCGCUGCUCCUACCGCGGAGUCCUUGGGGCUGCAGCCCGGCUGCUCGCAAAUGGAACUGCCUCAAGCACUACAAAGGAAGAGAGUUACCCAUUCGGAACACAACUCUAAGUGAUGCGCAGAGAAGAGCUGGUCUAAAAUCUUGAUGCUCAUCUGAGAAACCAGUGGCUUUUCAAUCCUGAGUGAAGUAAAGGACUCUUUCUUCUUUCUGGCACCCAGUAAAACUCAAACCAUUUCCCUGGUGAGGAUGGAAGAAAUAACUGCGCUCUGGGAGCCUCUAAGUUUCAUGGGUCACUCGUUCAUUACUUUGUUCAACGUUUAUUAAGUGCAUGCUCUGUGCCAGCUACUAUGGUUAUUGCAAGAGACACCAAACAGAUGUGGUCCCUGUGCUAAUGGACCUUGUGGUCUAGCAGCAGAGACAGCUGUAAUAUACAACAGAACACAAAAUGUUCCUCGGAAUCAGGGAUGGAGGCAGAGCAAGCCAACUCACAAUACUGGAGGAAUAUAAAAGGAGAAAAACAAACUUCAGGGUCUGAGGGUGUUAAGGGUUUAGUUUUAAAGGGAAGAGAGCAUUUCCUUAGUUGGCUAAGGAAAGACACUGGAUUAUGGGAUCUUUAGAUCCUUAGGUUGGUUUUAUAUUCUAAGUAAAAGAAAAUGCCACUCUGGGACAUGUCUUUUUCUUGAUUUGUGUGGUCACUAUUCUUCUUUUUUCAACUCUGCGUAGAAUGAGUGAUUGGGAGAGAUUAUGUUACUUGCCUCAGAAAUUUCAGCAGGAGGCUAAAUGUAUUAGGGGUUUCAGCACAAAA